GGCCCGAGUCCUGGUGACUUCAGAGUCAAACCUUUUCUCCUCGUCCCUUCCUGCCUUCCUCGGGUGCCACCUCCUUCCUGUCCGUGGGUCAGUGAGCGCGGACUUCUCAGUGGCAUGCUCAGUGCCCUGCAGCCGGUCCCUAGGCGGACGGUCCUCCACUCCGGUGGCUUGGCAUCGGGGACACUGGCAGUCAUGGACAGGGUUUUCUUUAGCAUUCGGGUCAGCUCAGUGCGGAGAGCCCACUGCUCCUGUCCCGGGCCAUGCUACCUGUCCUGCAGAGUCCCUCCUACCGACGCCCUCCUCGCACCGAGUAGGCUUGGCUGCGUGCAGGUUCCGGGGGAGGCUGCAGGUGGAGCCGUCGGCCCCGGCCCCUCUGGGACCGGUGGCUUCCUCUCCGGGUCCACGUUCCAGGCCCCCCGCAGCAGCUGGAAGGAUUGCGUCGGAGCCCCGCCUGCCCCAGACGUCUUGAGAGCCAACCGUGGCGUGGGCGAGGGCUGCCCUCAGAAGCUGGUGACCGCUAGUCUGCUGCGCUUCCUCCUGCUGGUGCUCAUCCCCUGCAUCUGCGCCCUCACAGUGCUGCUGGCCAUCCUGCUGUCCUUUGUGGGAACAUUAAAAAAGGUUUAUUUUAAAUCAAAUGGCAGUGAACCUUUCGUUACUGAUGGUGAAGUUCAAGUUCCUGGUGUUUUCCUUGCAACUACAGUAUAUAAUGAGAGCACAUGGGCACCCACGAUGCCCCCGAGCCAAUCCACUCCAGCCUGGACAUCUAGAGCUGCUCCUUUCUCUGGGGACCAGAGUCCGAGGAAUACAAGUGCCUGCAUGAACAUCACUCACAGCCAGUGUCAGAUUCUUCCCUACCACAGCACCCUGACACCUCUUUUGCCAAUUGUCAAAACCAUGGACAUGGAGAAGUUCCUCAAGUUCUUUAUGAACCUCCAUCGCCUCAGUUGCUAUCAACAUAUCCUGCUAUUUGGUUGCAGCCUCGCCUUCCCUGAGUGCAUCGUUGAUGGUGAUGACAGGCGUGGCCUCCUGCCCUGUAGAUCUUUCUGUGAGGCUGCAAAAGAAGGGUGUGAGUCUGUCCUGGGGAUGGUGAACUCCUCCUGGCCGGUUUCCCUGCGAUGCUCUCAGUUUAGAGACCACACCGAGAACGACAGCAGUGUCAGCAAGAUCUGCUUCUCCUUGCACCAGGAACACGGGAAGCAAUCGCUCUGCGGAGGGGGUGAGAGCUUCUUGUGCCCCAAUGGGAUCUGCAUCCCUAAGAAGCUGCAGUGUAACGGCUACAACGACUGCAAUGAUUGGAGUGACGAGGCUCACUGCAACUGCAGUGAAGAUCUGUUUCACUGCCACACAGGCAAGUGUCUCAACCAGAGCCUCGUGUGUGAUGGAUAUGAUGACUGUGGAGAUCUGAGCGAUGAGCAAAACUGUGAUUGCAAUCCCACAAAAGAGCAUCGCUGUGGGGAUGGGCGCUGCAUUGCGGCUGAGUGGGUGUGUGAUGGGGACCACGACUGUGUGGACAAGUCUGACGAGGUCAACUGCUCUUGUCACAGCCAGGGCCUGGUGGAAUGCAGGAGUGGACAGUGCAUCCCUGGCACCUUCCAGUGCGAUGGAGACGAAGACUGUCAGGACGGGAGUGACGAGGAGAACUGCAGUGACAGUCAGACGCCAUGUCCAGAAGGAGAUCAGGGGUGCCUCGACAGUUCCUGCCUCGAUUCAUGUGCUGGUAGCUCUCCGUGCGACUCAGACAGCAGCCUGAGUAACUGUAGUCAAUGUGAGCCAAUCACUCUGGAACUCUGCAUGAAUUUGCCCUACAACCAUACACAUUAUCCAAAUUACCUUGGCCACGGGACUCAAAAGGAAGCGUCUAUCAGCUGGGAGUCGUCUCUCUUCCCUGCACUUGUUCAAACCAACUGUUACAAAUACCUCAUGUUUUUUGCUUGCACCAUUUUGGUUCCAAAGUGUGAUGUGAAAACAGGCCAACGCAUCCCUCCUUGCAGACCCCUGUGUGAGCACUCUAAAGAGCGCUGUGAGUCUGUUCUUGGGAUCGUGGGCCUCCAGUGGCCUGAAGACACAGACUGCAAUCAAUUUCCAGAGGAAAAUUCAGACAAUCAAACUUGUCUCCUGCCCAGUGAAGAUGUGGAAGAAUGUUCUCCGAGCCACUUCAAGUGUCGCUCAGGGCGGUGCGUGCUGGGUUCCAGAAGAUGUGACGGUCAGGCUGACUGUGAUGAUGACAGUGAUGAAGAGAACUGUGGUUGCAAAGAGAGAGAUCUCUGGGAAUGUCCAUCCAAUAAACAAUGUCUGAAGCAUACAUUGAUCUGUGAUGGUUUUCCAGACUGCCCUGAUAGCAUGGAUGAAAAAAACUGCUCAUUUUGCCAGGAUGACGAGCUGGAAUGUGCCAACCAUGAGUGUGUGCCACGUGACCUGUGGUGUGACGGAGGGGUCGAUUGCUCAGACAGUUCAGAUGAAUGGGACUGUGUGACCCUCUCUAAAAAUGGGAACUCCUCCUCAUUCCUGGCUGUUCACAGAUCUGCAACAGAACACCACGUUUGUGCUGAUGGCUGGCAGGAGACGUUGAGUCAGCUGGCCUGCAGGCAGAUGGGUUUAGGAGAACCAUCCAUGACUGAACCGAUACAAGGACCAGAAGGCCAGCACUGGCUGAGGUUACACUCGAGCUGGGAGGAUCUCAAUGCGACCACCUUGCAGGAGCUGCUGGAGCACGGGCAGUCCUGUCCAAGCAGAAGUAAGAUUUCCCUUCUGUGUGCUAAGCAAGACUGUGGUCGCCGCCCUGCUGCUCGGAUGAACAAGAGGAUCCUUGGGGGUCGGACUAGUCGUCCUGGGAGGUGGCCCUGGCAAUGCUCUCUGCAGAGUGAACCCAGUGGACACAUCUGUGGCUGUGUCCUCAUUGCCAAGAAGUGGGUUCUGACAGUUGCCCACUGCUUUGAGGGGAGAGAGGACGCUGAUAUUUGGAAAGUGGUAUUUGGCAUAAACAACCUGGACCAUCCGUCAGUAUUCAUGCAGACCCGCUUUGUGAAGAGCAUCCUGCUACAUCCCCGUUAUAGUCGGGCAGUGGUGGACUAUGACAUCAGCGUAGUGGAGCUGAGCGAUGACAUCAAUGAGACAAGCUACGUCAGACCUGUCUGCUUACCCAGCCCAGAGGAGUUUCUAGAACCGGAUACGUACUGCUACAUCACAGGCUGGGGCCACAUGGGCAACAAAAUGCCCUUUAAGCUGCAGGAGGGAGAGGUCCGCAUCAUUCCCCUGGAGCGCUGCCAGUCCUAUUUUGACAUGAAGACCAUCACCAGUCGGAUGAUAUGUGCCGGCUACGAGUCAGGCACUGUGGACUCAUGCAUGGGAGACAGUGGUGGGCCUCUGGUUUGUGAGAGACCUGGAGGACAAUGGACAUUAUUUGGCUUAACUUCGUGGGGCUCCGUCUGCUUUUCCAAAGUUCUGGGGCCUGGAGUGUACAGCAAUGUGUCUUACUUUGUUGAAUGGAUCGAAAGACAGAUAUAUAUCCAGACCUUUCUCCAAAAGGAACUCGAAGGAUGAUCAGAGACUUUGCCAGAAACCCACACAAGAAUGGCCCUCUUGACUGCGAAGAGUGUCCCACCAAGUGCUGUACGGAUGGGCUUUUCAUGGGCAGGGUGCCCAACAUGCACUGCAAGACCUCUUGUUUGCCUCAGA